GAGAUAAAUCCCCUCAGUGACUAUGAGAUUCAAUACAACUUACGGAAAUUAAAAACGGACCUUUUUAAUAGUAAAAGUUCGCAUGCAAUUUAUCUACUGUCAAAUUUGGAAGGAGUUAAAGUUUCUGACCUUUCAUGGGACGACCCACUUGCUAGUCGAAUAGUCGAUGCGAACUCCAAGUAUGUCAAAGAAAUGCCAGAUCAUGCGUUGGAAUCUUUUAUGGAACCGGAAGACAAUAUGCGAGUUUCAGCCCCAGAUUUCAUCCGAGAAAAAUGUGAUGAGUUUGUAUUAAAAUUUGCGGAUGAUUCUGAAGAAAUUUUGCUAGCAAAACUCACACAUGACGAAUCCUGGAAGGAGCUGGAUGAGGUCCUUAAUAGGGUUACAACAGGAAUUCUCGAUGUAUUGUGA